AUGGACGUUGGUGUGGAAUCGGCUGCGGUACGUCGCUCGGUGCGAACAAGGAAACGCUCGCUCCGAGCUGAGGAGGCCGCACUCGACGAGGAGCUCCUCCUGGAGCACUUGGACGACGAUAUUGAAGACAUUUUACGCUACGGUCACGAUGAAGAUGAAACCGAAAACGAUCUAGACUAUGAGGCCGAAUUCGUUACCGAUGAAGCCGACGGCAAGGCCGUGCAACGUCGAAGCCGUGGGAAAAGACGCCCCAGCGACGCCGACACCGACCGCUCGGCUGUUCGAGACGCUGCAGCUGAGCGACGAGCGGCAGUCCUGCAGGCUGAGAGCGAUGCCGCGAAAACCUGCUUUCGAGUUCCCACGGACUUGGCGGAGAUCGCAGCACUCGAGCAGGCGCAGCUGGCAACCGGCCUUGGCGUUGACUACGCUCGUGCCUUGCACCUGAAACCGGACCAUGUUCAGCGCCCCAUUUGGGUGCUACCGAACGGACGAAUCUUCCUGGAGGCCUUCUCACCACUCUACAGACAGGCGAGUGACUUUCUCGUUGCCGUUGCGGAGCCAUAUUCCAGGCCAGAGUGGAUUCACGAAUACCUCCUGACGCCGUACUCAUUGUACGCGGCGGUGUCGGUUGGCCUCGAAACCGAGGCCAUCCAAACCGUUCUAGAGCGCCUGAGCAAGACUGAACUACCGCUUUCCGUUGUCAAACUGAUUGACAAGUGCACGCGCACAUACGGCAAAGCGAAACUCGUGCUUCACCACAAUCGCUACUAUGUACAGUCACCGUAUCCCGAGGUACUGCGCUUCCUGCUCCAGGAUGAGCAAAUUGCUAGGGCACGCGUUCAGCCGGCAGAGGGUGCGGAAGAGUUUGGUCGGAUACGUUCAGAGGCGCUUGCUGCUCAAGCCGACGUGCUUCCAUGGCAGAACAAACCGCAGCAUAAGGAGCACGAAGCGGAGAAAACAAUGGCUCGCGAGCAGCUCAUUGAACAACUCGAGCGGCAGCUCGAGGAUGACACCGCCAACACCAACUCCAACACCAGCAUGAGCACCACCAGCACCGACGAUGAAGCGGAUCUGCGGUUACCGCAACGACCAACCGGGACCACUGGCAAGCACGCCACUAGCGGAGGACGAGCCGGGCCCAAGUUUUUAUUAUCAUCAUCAUCAUCGCAGGCACCGCCACGAGACGAUGAGGAAAGAGCGUUGGCAGCGGCUCGUGAGCUGGGCCUCGACGCAACCAUGUUUGCGGAACAGACGCGCUUUCGAGACCUGCUCUCCUUCGAAGUUCAUCCCAUGGAGGUAGAUCAAGUGAAACGACGCUGUCUGGAGCUGGACUACCCGUUGCUAGAAGAGUACGACUUUCGGAACGAUACCGUGAACCCAUCCAUUGUGAUCGAUCUGAAACCGCAGACUCGUAUCCGCCCGUAUCAGGAAAAGUCACUGGCGAAGAUGUUCGGGAACGGACGUGCGCGCUCAGGUGUCAUUGUGCUGCCCUGUGGAGCCGGCAAGACGCUCGUUGGAGUAACCGCCUGCUGCACAAUCAAGAAGACGUGUCUGAUUCUGUGUACCUCGGCGGUAUCGGUGGAGCAGUGGCGACACCAGCUGCUUCUCUGGAGUACCAUCGAUGAACAACGCAUCACCCGUUUUACAGCAGAGCAGCGACCAAAUGUGCUUGGUGAUAUUACCAUCACCACAUACACCAUGGUAGCGUUCGGCGGUCGUCGCUCGUCCGAGUCCGAGCGGCUUCUACAGCAAAUCCGUGAACGCGAGUGGGGCCUCAUGAUCCUCGAUGAAGUGCAUGUAGUACCGGCGAACAUGUUUCGCAAAGUGCUCGGUAUCGUGAAAGCGCAUUCGAAACUGGGUCUCACCGCGACGCUGGUACGAGAGGAUCUCCUCAUUACCGAUAUCAACUUUCUGAUCGGGCCGAAGCUCUACGAGGCCAACUGGUUGGAUCUGCAACGUCAGGGCUACCUGGCAACUGUGCAGUGCGCGGAGGUCUGGUGUCCGAUGACGGCAGAGUUCUACCGCGAGUACCUGCAACGAGGUUCAGCCAAACGUCGUCUUCUGUACGCCAUGAACCCUACCAAGUACCGUACGUGUGAGUUUUUGAUGAAGUUCCACGAAGCGCGAGGCGACAAAGUCAUCAUCUUCUCAGACAAUAUAUUCGCGCUGCGAUACUACGCGACGCUCCUGCGUCGACCUUUCAUCUACGGACCGACUUCACAGACGGAACGAAUGCGCAUUUUGACGCAGUUCCAGCGGAAUCCUGUCUGCAACACCAUCAUGUUAAGCAAAGUUGGCGACACUUCGAUUGACUUGCCGGAAGCGAACGUCAUCAUUCAGAUCAGUGGACAGUACGGCUCACGUCGCCAGGAGGCACAGCGACUGGGUCGUAUUCUGCGUCCCAAGCCGCGACCCGAUCAGAACUUUAACGCAUUCUACUACUCAUUGGUGAGUACCGACACCAGCGAGGUGUACUUUGCCGCCAAACGACAGCAGUUCCUAAUCGAUCAGGGCUAUGCCUUCAAGGUCAUUGCGCAUAUUCCCGAAAUGGAGACCAGUCCGAGCACCGGCAUGCCCGACAAGGAGAGCGAAUUGAAUGCAUUGGCGGCAGUUUUGGCUGCAGAGGAUGCCGAAGGUGCCGAUACCUCCCUGGCCGAUGAGCUGCAACGUCGUCGGCUAGCGCAACUGGCCAACGCCCCGGUACCGAAAGCUCGUCGCGUUGUUCACACCAGCACCCAGAGCUUGACGGGUGCCGGCAACCUGCUCUACGGAGAGUUUACGCACGACGAUGCGGUGCCAGCGGCAAGCGUGCCGCCCAUGCUUGAACGGCGCGUUGUUCAGCAUCCUCUAUUUCGAAGACGUCGUCGACAACAGGCAGCUGCAACGAAACGUGCAAACGACUGA